AUGCAUGGGUGCAGCACUGUUGCACGGGUGUGCCCCUCGUCACCUCAUCAGCGAUGCCUCAUCACCCCCCACAAGCACCGCGUGUGCACUGCCGUGGAGCAUCACCUCGCACCCUCCCCUCGCCACAACCCCUUGCCCUCCUCCUCUCUCCACCACGCCACCCCACCCACGUGCGGGCCGCUGAGCGUGCAGGUGCAGGGCAGCGAUGCGGACAACCUGCCGUUCACGCGUGUGGUGCAGGCGGCGCUGUGGCUGCACCAGUUCCCGCGGGACUGCUAUGACCCUAGUCACCGCUUCCUGUUGUACGGGUGGCCGGGCGAGGGCGACCACGGGCUGGGGUCCGACGUGCACGUGCUGUCCGUCGCCAUGGGCGUGGCGCUCGCCACGGGCCGCAUCCUCGUGCCGCACCGCAACUUCUUCCGCGCCCACCACGACGCCUGCUCCGGCGAGGUAGAGGGGUCGCUGGCGUGCUACUUCGCACCGCUCACCCACGCGCACUGUGACGCGGCCGUCGCGGCGCUGGUGGCGGCGCAGCCAGAGCUGGUGGUGCCACCGGGCAUGGAGGGCGAGGGCGUGGAGGCGUGGGUGGCGGCCAUGGUGGUGGACUGCCACGAGGUCAUGCACGCCCUGCUGCUGCAGCUGCGCGGCCCCCAGCCCGUCGUCAUGCUGCCUCUCUGCGCUCCCUCCCACCUGCUGCAUGCCGUGCCGGGGUGGUGGGGCAGGCCAUGGGAGGCAGUGGCGCGCUCAGAGGAGGUGGUGGGCGACAGCACCCUGGCGGGGCCACGCCAGUGGAACCGGGUGAGCUGGUGGCGCGCUCAGACCACGCGCUUUGCCAUGCGCUGGCCCUCGCCCUACCUCUGCCACGUCACCAACAUUGCACGCCAUGCUGCCUUUGGCCCACUCACAGCGCGACAGGUGGUCGCAGGAGAGGCGGCGAAGCGGGCGGCAGAGCGCAUGAUGGCAGCAGCCAACCGCAGUCAGUUUGAGCGGCUCAUGGCCGGCAUCUCGUGGCACUCUCUGCCCUUCUCAGGGGGCAUUUGGGACGUCAGCAACACACAUGCUGCUGCUGCUGCUGCUGCUGCUGCUGCUGCUGCUGGUGGCAGCAGCGGUGCAGGUGCUGCGACAGUGGCAUUUGAGUCCAGUGCGUCGUCGUCCCUGGUGUACGCCCCGCCCUACGUGCCGCGCCCGCUGAUGAGCAUGCAUGUGCGGGCGGGUGACAAGGCAUCGGAGAUGGAGGUGUUUCCCAUGGCGGCGUACAUGCUGCUGGCAGCACGUGUGCGCAUCAAGGACCCCUCGCUGCACCACGUCUGGCUCAGCACCGAGAUGCAGGCAGUGGUGGACGAGGCGGGGCGCUUCCCCGGGUGGACGUUCCACCACACGCGCAACCCGCGCGUGGGCGGGGACAGCACGGGCAUGGUGGCGUUUGAGAGUGCGCUGGGGCACGAGCUGGCGGGCGCGGUGGCGCUGGCGAACCUGCAGGUGGCGGCGCAGGCGGACUACUACGUGGGCGUGCUGGGGUCGAACUGGAACCGCCUCAUCAAUGAGCUCAGGGUCACGGGCGGGCGCCUCAAGGCCGGCUACCUCUCCGUCAACUACGACGAGCUCUAG